GAGGCGGAGCGCGGCCACGGCCACCUCAGGGACAAGAGCCUGUCUGAGCGGGGCCUGUCCCCGAACAACAGCGGCCACGACUCCACAGACACUGACAGCAACCACGAGGAGAGGCCCAACGCCUCCUUCCCGGCCCAGGUGAUCCACGCCCCGACCCGCAACGGCCUCCCGGCGCUGAAGGAUUUCCCCAGGCCCUACGACAUCCUCAAGCCUCCUGCCAUUUGCCCUCGCGACGCCUUCAAGGUCAUCAACAAGGACGGGGAGGCCAUGGGGGUGUACAGGUGCGACCACUGCCGCGUGCUCUUCCUGGAUUACGUGAUGUUCACCAUCCACAUGGGCUGCCAUGGCUUCCGCGACCCCUGCGUCGGCGGCUACCGCAGCCACGACCGCUACGAGUUCUCCUCACACAUAGCCCGGGGGGAGCACAGGGUCGUGCUCAAGUGA